UCACCCCUUCCCACACUGCAGAGGAAGCACACGUGGGGGAGGCAAUUUGGUCCAUGCAGAAUGCAGCGGAAGUGAGAGUGCCCUGGAGGACAGGAAUUGAGUGCUACCCAGGGAAAGUCUGCAGCCGGAGUAAGAUGGCGGCGCUGAGGACUUUGUGCGGCCUCCGGGGCGUCGCGGCUCAGGUGCUGCGGCCUGGGGCUGGAGUCCGAUUGCAGAUUCAGCCCAGCAGAGGUGCUCGGCAGUGGCAGCCAGAUGUGGAAUGGGCACAGCAGUUUGGGGGAGCUGUUAUGUACCCAAGCAAAGAAACAGCCCACUGGAAGCCUCCACCUUGGAAUGAUGUGGACCCUCCAAACGACACAAUUGUGAAGAACAUGACCCUGAACUUUGGGCCCCAGCACCCAGCAGCGCAUGGUGUCCUGCGACUAGUGAUGGAAUUGAGUGGGGAGAUGGUGCGGAAGUGUGAUCCUCACAUCGGGCUCCUGCACCGAGGCACUGAGAAGCUCAUUGAAUACAAGACCUAUCUUCAGGCCCUUCCAUACUUUGACCGGCUAGACUAUGUGUCCAUGAUGUGUAACGAACAGGCCUAUUCUCUAGCUGUGGAGAAGUUGCUAAACAUCCGGCCUCCUCCUCGGGCACAGUGGAUCCGAGUGCUGUUUGGAGAAAUCACACGGCUGUUGAACCACAUCAUGGCUGUGACCACACAUGCCCUGGACCUUGGGGCCAUGACCCCUUUCUUCUGGCUGUUUGAAGAAAGGGAGAAGAUGUUUGAGUUCUACGAGCGAGUGUCUGGAGCCCGAAUGCAUGCUGCUUAUAUCCGGCCAGGAGGAGUGCACCAGGACCUACCCCUUGGGCUUAUGGAUGACAUUUAUCAGUUUUCUAAGAACUUCUCUCUUCGGCUUGAUGAGGUGGAGGAGUUGCUGACCAACAAUAGGAUCUGGCGAAAUCGGACAAUUGACAUUGGGGUUGUAACAGCAGAAGAAGCACUUAACUAUGGUUUUAGUGGAGUGAUGCUUCGGGGCUCAGGCAUCCAGUGGGACCUGCGGAAGACCCAGCCCUAUGAUGUUUACGACCAGGUUGAGUUUGAUGUUCCUGUUGGUUCUCGCGGCGACUGCUAUGAUAGGUACCUGUGCCGGGUGGAGGAGAUGCGCCAGUCCCUGAGAAUUAUCACACAGUGUCUAAACAAGAUGCCUCCUGGGGAGAUCAAGGUUGAUGAUGCCAAAGUGUCUCCACCUAAGCGAGCAGAGAUGAAGACUUCCAUGGAGUCACUGAUUCAUCACUUUAAGUUGUAUACUGAGGGCUACCAAGUUCCUCCAGGAGCCACAUAUACUGCCAUUGAGGCUCCCAAGGGAGAGUUUGGGGUGUACCUGGUGUCCGAUGGCAGCAGCCGCCCUUAUCGAUGCAAGAUCAAGGCUCCUGGUUUUGCCCAUCUGGCUGGUUUGGACAAGAUGUCUAAGGGACACAUGUUGGCAGAUGUCGUUGCCAUCAUAGGUACCCAAGAUAUUGUAUUUGGAGAAGUAGAUCGGUGAGCAGGGGAGCAGCAUUUGAUGCCCCCUGCCUAUCAGCUUCUUCUGUGGAGCCUGUCCCUCACUGGAAAUUGGCCUCUGUGUGUGUGUGUGUGUGUGUGUGUGUACAUGUUCAUGUACACUUGGCUCUCAGGCUUUCUGUGCAUGUACUAAAAAAGGAGAAAUUAUAAUAAAUUAGCCAACUUGCGGCCCCUAGGCCUAAA